AUGGUAUUGCUUACUAUGACAGAUCCUCUCGUGGAGGCUCUGGAAAAAUAUCAGGGCCUCGAGAAUAGGGUGGGUGAGAAACGAAACGUCGAUGGCGACGCGACGAACAAAAUCAAUGGCGGCGAGGACGAUGCACUGAGAAAAGCUAGAGAAAGAGAACCCCAAUCGAAAAAUGCAGCCGCAGAUUUCAAGGGAAAGGAAACAAGCAGUAAACCAUCAGAACCAGCUCUGUCUGAUCCCCGGAUAGGAAACCCUAUCUCCCACGGCCAGAUCAUCGAACUCGCCCGGAACAUGAAAGUCAGAGGACUACAACCGUCUCGACUGGAGGAUCUGCUCAAAGGCGCUCGAGUCUAUGUUCCGCCACCACCGGCAAAACCAGAACCGACAUCAGAAUACAAAGCACUAAUGGCCCGCCUUCGCCGCGAAGAAGAAGCCCGUUCCUAUGAACGCAUGACGAACCCUCCUCCACCGAUGGAAACCUUCUCCCAGCGCUUCCCAGCCGCCUCAGCAGCAAGAGCUUUCUCCUCGAGUCACCAGAAUAUCAAUGCCUCAGAUCCAGACGACGACGGCGUCACAUACGCUGAUGUCGAUAGACAAGUGACCCUCAUAUUCAACGUCCUGGUUAGUGUCUUUGCCUGCGCGGCGGCUAUAUGGAUUGCGGCGAAGUGGUGGAGUACACCUGCCAGAUUAGCGCUGAGUAUGAGUGGGAGUGCUUUGAUUGGGGUGGCGGAGGUGGUGGUGUAUUCUGGGUAUUUGAGACGGGUAGGAGAGGCGAAGGGGAAAGAAAAGAAGGUUAAGGAGGUUAAGGAGAUUGUGAAGACUUGGGUAGUUGGUGCUGGGAAGUCUUUGGAUGAGGAGGCUGAGGAGAGCUCGGUGAAGAUUGAAUCGAAAGAGGACGAGAAAGGCGUAAGGGCGCGGAAGCGGACGAAGGGCGAGUUUUAG